GAAUAGCAGCGCAUUUCCUCCUUUACAGUAAGUUUAAAUCAUGCGGUUGUGAGAGCAGCAGCCUCAGAGGAAAUUCUAGAUAUGGAACAUCGUAUCCAUCCUUAAAUAAAGAAAACAUGGAGGAGACUGUUGAUGUGAGGGCUCUACGGGACCGAUUCAACAGCCAGGCCAGAACCUCAGACACCAGCAGCCGAGACAGCAACUCUCCACGGCCCGGCUUGGGGAGAACGAUUGCACCAUCGAUGGAGAACAUUUCUCCCCACAGACUACCACCCGUUCCUCCUCCAUUUGCUGGUCCAGCAGUGGGGAGGUUUCCAAGGGCAGAGUCAGCGGUGGCCCCCGUCCCCUCUUGGAUUGCCUCUUCCUCUCGACCAACUCCCAGUUCUGCAUCCAGACCAUCCAUCCAGUCAGGAGACACCAGCAAGGUCAAGCAGAGGGGGGAGAAGCUACAGAACAUGAUGCUGAAGCACCAGAGACCUGCAGGUAGUAAUCAGACUCCUGCUCGAAGUCCAGUUCUACCUCAUGCAUCGCCCCCCUCCACCACACCUCACCCUCUCCGACAGCAGUCACGUCAGAGGAGCUCCAAGGACGUGAGUCCUCUCCGGAGGGCUCUGCCUCUGGAAGGACCCAUGCCUUUCAAACCAAAACGACCUCCUUAUGUCAACCUGGAGCCCUUUCUGAAGAUCAGACGAGGAGCUCCUGUCUCUGCUUCAAAUAGAACCGAUGGAUCAGCAAACCGAAGAACAUCUUUACCAGCAGUGAUGAGUCCUCCGCAGCCUCCAGAACGAUCCAUCAAACCAACCAGACUGCCACGGCAGAUCGCCUCUGUGGACUUUGAGGAACAGGACCCCUAUGAUGACAUUGGCAGCUUGGAAAAAAAUGAUUCCUACAGUGACAACAACCCACAGAGUUUGAAUGGAGACGAUGAGGACGUGUACGAGUCUAUUGAUGAGGGUGAGUUGGAGGCAAACAUCCUGGCUGAAGAGAAGAAUAACAAGAAAGAAGCAAAGAGGCAACAGGAGCAGGAAAAGAAGGAGCAGCUGGCCAAACAAAAGAAGCAGAAUGAGCUGAAGAAGAACUUUCAGAUACACAGUGAGGUUCAGGCUCUUCAUACAGCCAGAGUUCAUUAUGACUGGCCCGGGGACGGAAAGCUGGACCUAAGCGUCCAACAGGGACAGAGCAUCGAGAUCCUCCGUGUGGAGAACAACCCCAGUGGUAAAUGGUUGGCUCGAUCCACAAGUGGAAAAUACGGAUACAUCAGCAACACAUGUGUGGAUAUUGACUAUGAGGCGAUAAAGAGAAAAAUGCCUCGGAUUAGGAAAAUGGACACAUUAGACUUACCUCCACCGCCUCCAGACCCCCUGCCGAGACUGAGUAUGGAGUCUAACAGUGGUGACAGCUUCCCUCCAGAGGAUGAUGACUAUGAUGACGUUCAGCCCAUCCCCGAAGAUUUCCCCCCACCGCCGCCUGAAAUCAAUAUAGAUCCCAAAGUGGAAAAGGAGCUAAAGAAGAAGUUUAAGUUUGAAGGACCAGUCAAGGUGCUACACACCAUGAUGGUGGAUCCCAAUGGCGUCAUAAAGAAGCUAGGCUCUAAAGAUCUUCAAGUGACUCAAGGAGAGAUCGUGGAGGUCAUCGAGCAAACUAACAAGAAGAAAUAUCUGUGUCGAAGUUUUGGGAAUUACGGUUAUGUGUCAACAACACUCCUUCUGCAUUUGGAAGGAGACGUAUAUGAUGACGUUGCCCAUUCGUUUGAUGUUUACGACAACGAUUCUUCACACAUAAAUAAAUAAAACCUGUCAAACUUCACAGUAACAGGCAAACUGUAUUGUAUAAAACAUGAUUUUACUUAAGAUGUCUAUAAA